AGGUGGGGGCGGCGGCGAGGAGGCUACGCCGCGACGUCGGCUGCGCGAGGUUGGGCGCGUGAGCGGCGCGGGCGCGGGGCCUGGCUACCCAGCUUUCCCGGCGUGUGUGCAGGUCGUCGACGCUGGCUGCUGGCGGAGCGCGCGGACGGGGACGGGCCUGGUGUCUGCAGCGUGCGUAGUCGACGGCGGCCCUGGCCAUGGAAGAGACGCAGCCGCUUCCGCAGCCCGAGCUGGCGCUCUGCGACAGCCUCAUGAUCUGGCUGCAGACAUUCAAUACUGCUGCUCCUUGCCAAGAUGUCAAACAACUGACUAAUGGAGUUGCCAUGGCACAAGUUCUUCAUCAGAUUGAUAUAGCUUGGUUCAAUGAAUCUUGGUUAAGCCGAAUUAAAGAGGACGCUGGGGACAACUGGAGAAUAAAGGUUAAUAACUUAAAGAAGGUUCUUCAAGGGAUUAUGAGUUACUACCAUGAGUUUUUGGGGCAGCAGAUUUCAGAAGAACUUAUCCCUAAUUUAAACCAAAUAACUGAAAGUUCAGAUUCUGUGGAACUUGGGCGGUUGCUCCAGCUUAUAUUAGGUUGUGCAGUGAACUGUGAAAAGAAGCAAGAACAUAUUCAAAAAAUAAUGACAUUGGAAGAGUCUGUUCAACAUGUGGUUAUGACUGCUAUUCAGGAGUUGAUGAGUAAAGAAAUACUGAACUCUCCUACCAGUGAUUGUCUUGGGGAAUUGGAGCAGCAGCUUAAAAAGGCAUUAGAAGACCUUCAAGACGCUCUUGCAGAAAAAGAAGAACUGAGGCAGAGAUGCCAAGAACUAGAUAUGCAGGUCACUGCACUUCAAGAUGAGAAGAAUUCACUAGUUUCUGAAAAUGAGAUGAUGAAUGAAAAACUUGACCAAUUGGAUGGAUCAUUUGAUGAUCCAAAUACGAUGGUUGCAAAGAAGUAUUUUCAUGCACAGUUACAACUAGAACAAUUACAGGAAGAAAACUUCAGGCUUGAAGCUGCAAAAGAUGAUUAUCGUGCUCACUGUGAAGAGCUUGAAAAGCAACUCAUUGAAUUUCAGCAUAGGAACGAUGAAUUGACUAGCCUCGCUGAAGAAACACGAGCCCUAAAAGAUGAAAUUGAUGUUCUUAGGGCAACCUCUGAUAAAGCAAAUAAACUGGAAUCAACAGUUGAGAUCUAUCGUCAGAAACUACAAGAUCUAAAUGACCUUCGCAAGCAGGUGAAGAGUUUACAAGAAACAAACAUGAUGUAUAUGCAUAAUACAGUCAGUCUAGAGGAAGAGUUAAAGAAGGCAAAUGCAGCUCGUACACAAUUAGAAACCUACAAAAGACAGGUUCAAGAUCUUCAUAAUAAACUUUCUUCAGAAUCCAAAAGGGCAGACACACUAGCAUUUGAAAUGAAACGACUUGAGGAAAAGCAUGAAGCUUUAAUUAAAGAAAAGGAGAGACUAAUAGAGCAGCGUGAUACCCUAAAAGAAACAAAUGAAGAACUUCGAUGCUCACAAGUACAGCAGGAUCACCUAAACCAAGCAGGUACAUCUGCCACAAAAAGUUACGAGAAUCUUGCUGCUGAAAUUAUGCCAGUGGAAUACAGGGAGGUAUUUAUUCGUCUGCAGCAUGAAAACAAGAUGCUCCGCUUACAACAGGAAGGGACUGAGAAUGAACGAAUUGAAGAACUUCAAGAGCAGCUGGAACAGAAGCACCGGAAAAUGAAUGAAUUGGAAACCGAUCAAAGGCUGAGUCAAGAGCGCAUUCGAGAAUUGCAGCAGCAGAUUGAGGACCUCCAGAAAUCUUUACAGGAGCAAGGUACCAAGUCUGAAGGUGAAAGUUCCAGCAAAUUAAAGAAGAAGUUGGAAGCACAUAUGGAAAAGCUAACAGAGGUCCAUGAAGAAUUACAGAAGAAACAAGAGCUCAUUGAAGAUCUUCAGCCAGAUGUAAACCAGAAUGUACAAAAGAUCAGUGAGCUUGAAGCUGCUCUUCAGAAGAAAGAUGAAGAUAUGAAAGCCAUGGAGGAAAGAUAUAAAAUGUAUUUGGAGAAAGCAAGAAAUGUAAUAAAAACUUUAGAUCCCAAAUUAAAUCCGGCAUCAGCUGAAAUAAUGCUACUUAGAAAACAAUUGUCAGAGAAAGAAAGACGUAUUGAGAUUCUAGAGAGUGAAUGUAAAGUAGCAAAAUUCCGUGACUAUGAAGAAAAACUCAUUGUAUCUGCCUGGUAUAAUAAGAGUCUGGCAUUCCAGAAAUUGGGAAUGGAAUCUCGACUGGUGAGCAGCAGUGGUACUUGUAAAGACCCCAGUGCCUUUACGCCUGCACGUUCGUUCCUAGCACAGCAACGGCAGAUCACCAACUCCAGACGAAAUGUCUCUGUUAAAGUUCCUGCUGCAACAUCUGAUUAAACUGC